AGAUUGAUCUUGUACCACAGUAAAUUUGUAAGAUGAAAUACUUGAUCUGUCUUAGAAGUAAUAAAAUUCAUAAGUUCCAUUUAGUAACACUUCGUAGUUAUUGUAGCAUCCAGUUUAUUAGUUUAGUGUUUUUGAAGCAAAUGAAAAUGGUUAGUCAGCUCACAGGUUUAAGUGGUUUUAUUGCUUGAAUGCUUUCAUGUUUGAAUACUGUUUCAUGAAAGAAAUGCAGAGUAAUCCUGAGUGAAGGUGGCAAUCAAAUUUUUCAUGAAAUGUUAAAAAACAACUUCAGAAACACUUAAAAUUUUGAAGUAUUGAAAAAUUAAGAAAUAUAUUAAAUGAAAAUCUUAUACAAUAUUUCUGUCAUCCUGAUUCUUGAAAAUUUGUAUUAUAAAUUUAAUAUUUUCUAGGCAGCUUUAGACUGUGCAAUUGAUUAUGCUGCAAAGCGACAAGCAUUUGGAGCAAGCUUAUUGAAACUUCAAGCUAUUCAGAUAAAAUUAGCAGAUAUGGAAGUGAAACUUCAGAGUGCACGUCUUUUGACUUGGAGAGCAGCAGCAUUGAAAGAUGCUGGCAAAAAAUAUACAAAGGAAGCUGCAAUUGCUAAAUUAGCUGCUUCAGAAGCUGCAACGUUUGUUACUCAUCAAGGUCUACAAAUUCUAGGUGGAAUGGGUUAUGUUUCAGACAUGCCUGCUGAAAGAUAUUACAGAGAUGCUAGAAUUACUGAGAUUUAUGAAGGAACUAGUGAAAUUCAGAGAUUAGUAAUUGCAAAUAAUUUGAUAAAAGAAUAUGGAUUGAGCUAAAUUUUUGUUCUGAGCAACUGACUUUCCAGCCAGUGAAAAGCAACUAUUAAUUGAAUACUUACUUUACAAAAAGCUUUUAGAUAAAUUAUUGUUCUAAUAAAAGCCACUAAAAAAUUUUAUUAUUUGAAGAAACAAAUUUAAGAAAACUAAGGCCAGUUACAGAUAAAUGACUAUAGUGAUUUUUUAUUGAAAACAUGCAAAUUUCUGGCAUUCUGAAAAUCACUCAAGUGUAUGACUAGUCAAUAAAAGAUUAUUAACUGUAAUCAAUUAUGAUAUUAUAUAUAUACAUAGAUUUAUGACUGGUUUGAAAAAAGCAUUUGUGGCUAAUAAUAUAGGGAAAUAGCUAUCGUACUGUAAUAAUUAAAUAUGUCAAUUUUUAACUGGAUGUUAAUUAGACUUACUCAUAUUUAAUGUCUAAUACAUUUCUUUCCAUUAAUAUUAAUGAUGUAAUUGAUAUUAUAUAAUUGUUACUUACAUUAUUACAUGGAAGUAUAAUGAUUAAACAAUAAAUUCAUAAAAAUACUCUUUUGAACUCACUAAAUAUUUUUAUCUUUCCAAAAUUCUUGAAUAAGAUUUAUCCAAUAAAGUUCUUUUUAAUUGUAGGACAUAAUAGUUUUUUUGAGUUAUUUUUGUAAAUUUAUUUGAUUGCAUUACACAUGUACAGAAACAUUAUAUAAAACUAUUAGCAGAAAAGAGAGAGAGGAAAUUUUUAUGUGAAUUAAUAACUGAUCUUUCUCUAAAUAUUCUCAUAGUAUCAUUUAUUCAAAUUAGUCUGUACUGUCUAUUCUGAUCUGAUCACAGUUUUUAUCAUUUGUAAGUAUGCACUGAAGAAUUGUACUAAUUAGAGAUAACUAUUAACUAUUAUUUUAAAAAUAUAUUUUUAUUCCUCUGAUUUUAAUAGGUUUCUGGUUUGUUUUUCUAGAUUUAAUUUUUUUAAUCUUUUAUAUAGUUGAAAAGUUCAUCUAAUAAUGUUAUAGCUUCUUUUGAUAAUGUUCAAAUUUAAAAUAGGUUCAUAUUUUGCUUUCUAGUCUAAAAAAUAGUUUAACAGCAACUAAUUAGGAAAAUAAUAUUAGUUGAAAAAAUGUGUAACUUAAUUUUCAGAAUUUAUGA